ACGAAAUAUUUGAUUCACCCGCAGAUCACCGCAUCUCGCGAGGGACAACGAAACCCUUGGGAUUUGCAUUAUUGAUUGAAAUAACGGCCACUCGUGACUCGGGAAGGGAAAAAAAAAAAAAAAAAUGACGACAGCCGAGCUCGCAAAUGACACCAAUCGAGAAGACGAAAAGGAAGCCUACCAUCCGAGACAUGAGUUCGAGAACGGUGGUAACUUCAAUGCCAAGGCCGUCGACGCCGGUGGCUACACCACCAACGGCACAGUCAAUGGCCACAGAAAAGAGCCACCCGACGGUGGCCUGAGGGCCUGGUCCAUAAUGAUAGCGAGUUUUAUGAUCAAUGGUGUCCUCUUCAGCGUCAUCAACACGUAUUCGCUCGUUUACCUGGAACUCCAGAAAAGACUGACGUCAAAUGGCGAGACUGAAGUAUCGUCCAAAGUUGCGCUCGUGGGCUCGCUGACGAUCGGCACGACGUUCUUUUUGUCGCCGAUCGCCGGUAUCCUCACCGACAAAAUCGGCAUCCAACGGACGACCUUCAUCGGUGGCGCCUUGGCUGCCCUGGGCAUGUACGCCUCCUCCCUCCUCGUGGAUCAGGUGGAGUACCUGUACUUGACCUACGGCUUGAUGUACGGCCUCGGGGCGAGUCUUGCCUACACGCCGAGCCUGGUGAUUCUCGGCCACUACUUCAAACGACACUUGGGCUUCGUGAACGGCAUCGUGACGACGGGCAGCUCGGUGUUCACGAUCCUCCUGCCUUACGUGAUCAAGCGGAUGCUGGACAAGUAUGGGCUCGAGGUCACGCUCAAAAAUCUAGCCGUGCUCACGGCCGUGCUCAUGCCCUGUGCCAUUCUCUUCAAGCCCAUACCCUUGCAGUCAUCCGAGGAAACGGAGUCGAUGAUCGGCAAGAAGAAGUUCCGGACGAUGCUCAAAGAGGUCGUUAACCGGUCCAUUUGGAAGAGGAAAAAGUACGUCGUCUGGGCCAGCGCGAUACCGAUCGCGUUGUUCGGGUACUUUGUCCCGUACGUUCACAUUGGAAAGUACGUCGACAUAACGUUCGAAAAAGCCGACAAAACGUACCCUCUGAUGUGCAUCGGUAUAACAUCCGGCAUCGGACGGCUCGUCUUUGGUUACGUCGCCGAUCUUCCGAGAGUCAAUAGAAUACUCCUCCAGCAGAUCUCUUUCGUCAGCAUAGGCGUCUUGACGAUGAUAAUUGCUUUCGUCAAGUCUUACUCGAUACUACUCGUUAUUUUGCUCGGCAUGGGACUCUUCGACGGCUGCUUCAUUUCACUCCUCGGGCCGAUCGCCUUUGACAUCUGUGGGAAAAAAGACGCUGCCCAGGCCAUUGGAUUUUUAUUGGGUCUGUGCUCGAUACCCCUGACCGUCGGCCCUCCCAUUGCGGGUCUACUUUUCGACCACACAGGAUCGUAUCAUAUGUCGUUCCUACUGGCAGGUGUGCCUCCGAUAUUUGGUGCCUUGGCGAUGUGCCUGGUGUACAGAGUGAAGGACGAGCCGAUCGAUCGCGACAACGACGACAGAGAGAUGGGUCCUGACGUAGAGUCGUUGACCGAUCCUAAAAGCCAGAACGGGAUCGCUGGUGCAACUCUGUAUUUGAGCAGUGAGCGAACUCGACAGUUGUCAAACGUUAACUCGCUGGAACGAAUCAACGAGUAUCGUUAUAGAAAUCAUUGCUCACGCGGUAUGCAGGCAACAAUGGCUUCCCAGGAGUGCUCGCCACUUAUUGAAAAAUUUUGCAGAUGAAGGUGUAUUUUAUAUAUUUUACAUAUACGAUAAUUUUUUUUUUUUUUUUUUCCAUUAAUUUUUUAAUAGUGAAAGUACCUCGUUGAUGUUUGACGAUAUGUUCUACAUGUAAACGUAAUUUUAUUAUUUGUUUUUAUAAACACAAAUCAUACGUAAUAUACAUAAUAUGUUGUGUUUUGAGUACGAGAUGUUCACUCGUUUGAGCGAAUUUUCCAGGGAAAACGUAUUUUUUACAACUAUUGUUUUUUAAAUGCAAUAUGCAUUACUUGUUCAUAAAAUAUUGUAUGUUUGUACAUACAUAGUGCGUUAAUCAUUAAUGACUAGAGCAUUUUGUUGGAUAGAGUUAGGUCAGUAUUUUUAACAUGACAAAACUUAGCAAACGUUAAUAAAUUGUAAUAUAGAUGAUAAUUAUGACGUGCACGUCGUUGUAAAAUCCAUUAAAAAAAAAAAA